GAGAGACGCGAUGCUGUGAGAGAACGCGAGACUCUGCGAGAACAGCACGAGGAAUUCAACAAGGCGGCGCGACACCGGUAGUAAACAACAGCGCGACAAACUAUCCGCCAAUUUAAGUAAAUAACUACCUUAUUUUUCGGAAAAUAAUCAACCACCCUACCAUUCUGGAUAACACCGAAGAAAGUUUCGAGUACAUCGACGAGUGCUUCGAGCGUCUGGUAAUGGGGAAAAAGGAGACGGCUCCAAACAAGCGUUCCCGUCCGUCUGACUCACCUGAGUCACCUGGAGCUAGCUCGGCGGAUAAAAACAUCACGGACAUCCUGGAGUCCAUCGAAAAAAAAAUAACAAGUUUCGACGCACGUCUGGCGCUAGUGGAACUCCUCCACAAAGAGUUUAUGGCCCUCCGCGACUCCCUGGAAUUUAGCCAGCAGCAGGUGAUUUCUCUCGCCACCGAGAACGAGGCCCUGAAAGGAACGGUGCAGUCCCUGACGGAGGAUGUGGCUCAGCUAGCGGCCGAAAAUAAAAAAAUAAAAGAAGGUAUCAUCGAUCUGCAGGCCCGCAGCAUGAGGGACAACCUGGUGUUCUCGGGGAUUCCAGAACAGGCGGAGGAAAACACGGAAACCACAAUUAAAAACUUCAUUAAACAACAGAUGAAGAUCCCAGCGGAAGUUGUUGACAAGAUGGCGUUCCACCGUUCGCAUAGACUAGGAGGAAGACGACCGGAUGGCCAGCGUCCUCGACCCAUCGUUGCCAAGUUUCAUGACUUUAAGCAGAAGGAACUGGUUAAGAGCCGGGGCAGACAGCUGAAGGGAACCGACUACAGCGUCAACGACCAGUUCCCCAAGGAGAUCCUCGACCGCCGCCGCCGACUGUUCCCCAUCCGUAAGAGGUUCAUGGCAGAAGGCUGCAGGGCCGUCAUCAGCGUCGACAAACUGUACGUCAACGGAGAGCUCUACCGGGACCGGGAAGCAACUCCGUGGCUCUACUAGCAGGUGGAUUCCUUCCUCUGCUUGCUGGAUGGGCGUAGUGGCGGAGCCCCUCACAUCACCCUGGCUUCCACAAGUGGCAUUGUUCAUGCACCAACGUCUGCCUCACCCUUUGGGUGAAUAAUGAUAAGCUACAGCCUUACUAACCUUGUAGUGGGACACUUUCCAAAUCCAACUGUAAGUAUUAUUGAUACUUAUCACUACCGAUAUGAAUAAUGUGUGAAUAUGGAAUUUGUGGUGUUGUAUGUCAUGACUUUUAUUAAGUAGUAUGGGAUAUGUAUAAUAAUGCACAUAUGUAUGUAUAUUGUAUGUAUAUGUUUGUAUUAGUAUGUGCACAUACCUUAGCACUAUUAUUGGUAUUAGUAUUAAUCUCCAAGGUAAACCACAGUACAAAAAUUGUUUAGUUAUGAAUGUGUUAGCCUAAGGUACAUCCAUGCUUCUUAUUUAUUUAUUUUUUUGCUCCGAUUGUUUACUUAACAGAUUUGCUUGGUUUCAGCAGCUGGUUGCACCCCUUAACCCCCCUCCCCCCCACCCUCCCGCA